GAUGAUGCAACAGAAGACUCAGAAGCUUUUCAAAAUUCCCUCUUCAAGAAAAAACACCCGUGGAGGAAGAAGACAUUAAACAAAACAAAUUUAAAAACUGGGAUCAUGAGUGGAAAAACAAAGGCAAGAAGGGCUGCCAUGUUGUUUAGACGUUGCUCUGAAGACGCCAGCCGUAGCGCCAGUGGCAAUGCUUUGUUAUCAGAGGACGAAAACCCUGAUGCGAAUGGGGUAACUCGAUCAUGGAAGAUUAUUCUAAGUACAAUGCUCACACUGACUUUUCUUCUUGUAGGACUCCUAAAUUAUCAGUGGCUUAAAGAAACAGAUGUUCUUCAGAAAUCCAGACAGUUAUAUGCCAUAAUUGCAGAAUAUGGUUCAAGGCUUUAUAAAUAUCAGGCCAGACUUCAUAUGCCUAAAGAGCAACUGGAACUUUUAAAGAAGGAAAGCCAGACUCUGGAAAACAAUUUUCGUCAAAUUCUAUUUUUGAUCGAACAAAUAGAUGUCCUGAAGGCAUUGCUUAGAGAUAUGAAGGAUGGUACAGACAAUAAUCACAACUGGAACACCCAUGGAGACCCUGUGGAGGACCCAGACCACACAGAGGUCCUGGAUGAGGAAAUGUCAAACUUGGUCAAUUAUGUACUUAAAAAGUUGAGAGAAGACCAAGUCCAGAUGGCUGAUUAUGCCCUGAAGUCGGCCGGAGCCUCCAUCAUUGAAGCUGGGACCUCAGAAAGUUAUAAAAAUAAUAAAGCAAAAUUGUACUGGCAUGGGAUAGGUUUCCUAAAUCAUGAAAUGCCUCCAGAUAUUAUUCUUCAGCCGGAUGUCUACCCUGGAAAGUGCUGGGCUUUUCCAGGUUCCCAGGGUCAUACCCUAAUCAAGCUUGCUACAAAGAUCAUACCAACUGCUGUUACCAUGGAGCACAUCUCAGAGAAGGUGUCUCCCUCAGGAAACAUCUACAGUGCACCCAAGGAAUUUUCUGUCUAUGGCAUCACAAAAAAAUGUGAAGGAGAAGAAAUUUUCCUAGGUCAGUUUAUAUAUAACAAAACAGGAACCACCGUUCAAACAUUUGAACUCCAGCAUGCAGUGUCUGAAUAUUUAUUAUGUGUGAAACUUAAUAUCUUUAGCAACUGGGGACACCCGAAGUAUACUUGUUUAUAUCGAUUCAGGGUCCACGGCACACCAGGCAAGCAUAUCUAGAAGAGUUGGUACAGAAGGCCAUGCCACAUGUCCAGAAUAUUCAAGAAUGCUUAUUCUCUUAGAUGAUACCGCACCCAUAGGAAUUGAGAAUUGGGAGUAGGAAGAAAACCUCAAAGUGGUUCAUACUUGCCUGUAAAAAGUAAAUGCAUUUUAUUAAUAAAAAAUAUGGAAGUAAAUU